AGUCAAUUGUGAGCCUAUGACUACUCAUGACCCCUGCCUGUCUCCAUCACCACGAACUCGCUCUCUUCCUUUGCUUGCUCUCCCUCCGUUCUAGGAUACACAUAUUUUUUUUUUCCUUCUCAUUCUUAAGUUUCGGCUGGCGUCGGUUAUGAUCGGAGCUUGUUCUUGUAUUCAAGGCUCCCUUGGUUCUGGUGCGUUGAAUUAUUUGUUUGUAAGCGAUUUGGAGCAAUGAUCGGGGAGUUGAGGGGAUAUGAAGGUUGAUGAGUUGUUGAGGUGGUGAACUUUUUGCCAGGUUAAGAUUUAGUGAGUAUUGGUGAGGAAAGGUAGGAAUCCGAGGGGUUGGUUGUUUGAAGUGGUGCUUUUUUCAAGAAAUUGAAGUGUGGUGAGUAUGAGCUGGAUUGAGGUCGGCGAAGAGCUGGUGAGGGAUCGUCGUGGUGUGAGGAUUUAGCUACAACCGAAUUUUAGAUCGUUGGAUGCUCAUAGACUAUAAUCUUGGGUUUCCGACGGUUUCGGAAGUUGAGAUGGUUUUCUUUUCUUGGCUGAGAUAGGUGUUCCACUCUCCUCCGUUCAUUCGGCUUAUUAAAAACCAGUUUGGUGUAUAUUCUCGGCGUCUAUAAUGACGCUGUCCGGGGAACGUGACGUAGGAGUCAGUUCCUAUGUUCCUCCAGGCACAUCUUCUACGGCUUCAAAACCAUUGCCUAACAGCCCACAGGUCCCUCUUCAGACCACAUUUCCGGCUCAAGUAUCUUCAAAAGCUCUGCCGAAUUUGGCCGCGGACGCUGGUUCUGGCAACAAUAAUGAGAGUUCUGGGAUCAUAUCAGCACUUCUAUCCAAAGAUAAAAACGAAAGUGCACUUUCCCAAGUUGAUUUAUCGGACAUUGCAAUUGAAACAUGGCCUACUCGUGGCAGGCCCAAAGAAAAUGUCCUUAAUGAAGUUCCACAUGUGAAUGAAAUUCUAAAUCCUACAGGCACCAGGUCCAAGGAUGAUCUUUUUAACGAUUCAGAUGGCAACAUGGCAUACGGAAAUGGUGGUGAUAAAGGAGAUUCAGAGGGCGGGAAAAUAUCGCUUCUUGGUCCGAAGUCGAAGGACUCAACAAAGGUCUUUGCAACUCACAGUGAUUCUCAUUUACCGGGUCCCAUAGGCGAUACUCAACACCAUCGGGAUCCUCAGCCUUUUCCAUUACAUGGUCCGCAAUAUGAUCUGCAGCCAGGAAGUGAACAAAAGACACCAAUCGAAGCAGGGAGGCCCCUACAGGCCACACAAUCUCUUCCUGUCUGGAUGCCCUCUACUGUUACUAGUACGGAUGCCCCUGAAAGCAUAGCAGAAGAGGUUGAAGCCCUUGUAACUCCCUUUCCAACACCACAAGCAAUUGAGGAGGUUGACCAAAGCAGUCUCGGUGGAACUCCAGCAAAAGACCAAAUGCCCAGGACAACGUCGAUGCCAGAAGCAGACUUUCAAAUGUCAGAGAGAAUUCGCCAAGACCAUCUGACGCAGUCCAACAUACUGAAAAGAAGAAUUAACAAGAAUCGUGAUAAUGCGAAUGUUCGAGUAGCUGCAAGGUCCAAGUUGUUAGACCGGAAAAAGAAAAAGCUUUUGAGACAAUUUGCUAUGAUCCAAACGGAUGGAGGCGUGGAAUUUGACCUCCGUCAAAGUGGCCAACUGGCCCGGGAUCUCUUUGGAGACCAUGUCAUGGAUGAAGAGGAAAGUGAUCAUGGAAUUCCUGCAGCUAACCGAAUUGAGGAGGGAAACGAAGAGAAUGAUCAAAGUCCAGUUCCUCCUUUGAAAAUAGUCAUGCUCAUUGUUGGCACACGUGGGGAUGUUCAGCCAUUUGUUGCUAUCGGCAAACAGUUACAGGAGUAUGGUCACCGAGUACGAUUAGCAACUCAUACCAACUUUCGAGAUUUUGUGAAGAAAGAGGGAUUAGAAUUCUAUCCCCUAGGAGGAGAUCCGAAGGUUCUUGCUGAAUAUAUGGUGAAAAACAAAGGCUUCUUGCCUUCUGGACCCUCUGAAGUUUCUGUGCAGCGAAAACAGAUCAAAUCUAUUGUUUAUUCUCUGCUGGAUGCUUGCAUUAAGCCGGACAAGGAAUCUGGAGUUCCUUUUCGUCCUCAUGCUAUCAUUGCCAACCCUCCUGCAUAUGGGCAUGUCCAUGUUGCAGAAUAUCUCCAAAUUCCACUGCACAUAUUCUUCACUAUGCCAUGGACGUCAACCCGUGAAUUUCCUCAUCCUCUAUCUCGAAUUAAACAACCUGCUGGGAAUCGGAUGUCAUACCAAGUGGUGGACUCGCUGAUCUGGCUGGGCAUUCGAGGAAUAAUCAACAGCUUCCGUAAGAAACAAUUGAAGCUACGACCCAUCACCUACUUGAGUGGUUCUCAGGGCUCCAUCGCCGACUUGCCUACAGGAUAUAUUUGGAGUCCUCAUCUUGUUCCUAAACCGAAAGGAUUCUUACGAGGACGUCUCACUUUUACAGAUUGGGGGCCUCUUGUCGAUGUUGUGGGAUUUUGUUUUUUGAAUCUUGCUCAAAACUACAAGCCCCCUGAUGAUUUGGUGAAGUGGUUGGAUGCUGGUCCACCUCCCAUUUACAUAGGAUUCGGGAGUCUGCCUGUGGCAGAUCCCGAAGGCAUGACGAAGAUAAUUAUUGAAGCGCUGGAGAAGACUGCACAACGAGGUAUCAUUGGCAGAGGUUGGGGUGGAAUUGGCAACUUGCCCGAGGUACCAGACAAUGUUUACCUUCUAUCAGACUGUCCUCAUGACUGGUUAUUCCCUCGAUGUGCUGCAGUUGUUCAUCAUGGAGGUGCGGGGACGACUGCUGCUGGUCUUCGGGCUGCGUGUCCCACGACAAUUGUUCCGUUUUUUGGGGAUCAACCAUUUUGGGGCGAACGUGUUCAACAAAAGGGCGUAGGACCCGCUCAUAUUCCCGUCAAGCAUUUCGAUUUAGAGAAGCUUGUCAGUGCCAUCGAGUUCAUGCUUGAUCCUACUGUUAAGCAAGCAGCCUUAACUUUGGCUAAUAGCAUGAAAGGUGAGGAUGGAAUCAAGGGGGCGGUAAAUGUUUUUCAUAAGCAUAUUCACAAGCAUGUGCCAAAUAUUUUGAAAUUGACGCCUUUGGAAGAUCUCCACCGACAUCAUGGGAUAUUUUUCAGGAUAAAGAGGAAGUGCAAAUCCAUGAUGCACCGCUCUUCACAUAACUCGUCUUAGUGCAUUUUGAAGUUUUCAGCUUCCACUUAGACAUGCAACACCAAUUUUUGUUGUAAAAAAUGUUGAACAACUUUUGAGCUGUAUAUUAUGAAUUAUUUUCGAAGUCAUUCUUGUUA